UCAGAGCGGGAAGCGCUUAGCGUUGUCGCUGCAGUUCUGGCAUCCACACACCUCAUAAUGGCAACAUCAACAGACUACACCAUAGGUGGGGUGAAAGUCCAGUUCCCCUGCAAGGCAUACCCAUCCCAGCUAGCUAUGAUGAAUUCAAUCUUGCGUGGAUUAAACACUGGACAGCACUGUUUGCUAGAAAGUCCUACUGGAAGUGGGAAAAGCCUCGCUCUGCUGUGUUCUGCGUUGGCUUGGCAGAAAGCACUCAUGGAAAAAAUGCCUAAAGCAGGAAAGAUGACAGAAGAUGGCAGUCAGUCUGAAAAACAGAACUGGGAGAAGACUGCAGAUGGAAAUUGCAAGUGUCACUGCCACAGCAAGUCGCAACAGCCCACUCCUGCUUUGGACCUCACUGUGUCACCCUGCAAAGAAGUAUCACAACCCAACACAGAAUUUACUCCCAGGAGACAGUCUUUGGCUUCUUCCCUGAGUGCAAAGUUACAGUCUUCCCUCAACUGCAGUCAGGAUCAAGAAGAUGACUUCCAGCAGGACAGGAAACGCAUACGCACUGUUGAAACUAAGAGUCGUAAGAGACCCCGAGUGGAGCGUGGAGUGAUAUUCAUCGAGGACGAAUCUGAAAUGGGGAAUGAGAAGCAUCCCAGCUGGUCUAUGGAGGUAAAGAGCCAGACAGGACCAUCACUUUCCUCAUGUUCUACCAUGGAUCCAUGUACCCAGUGUCCAUGUGCCUCAGCCAGGACUAUCCCGAAAGAGAGCUCUGACAAACAGAAGAUUCCAAAGAUUUUCUUUGGCACACGAACACACAAGCAGAUCACUCAGAUUACCCACGAGCUGAAGCGCACUGUAUACUCCACCGUUCCAAUGACCAUCUUAUCUAGUCGGGAUCACACUUGUGUUAACCCCAGGGUGGCACCUCACUCCAACCGCAAUGAACGCUGCAAGGAGCUGCUGGAGGCCAAAGACGGAAACUCUUGUAGCUUCUAUCAUGGGGUCAACCGAAUGAGGGACCAGAGUACACUACAGCAAGUCCAUGGUCUUCACCAAGCCUGGGACAUUGAGGAUCUGGCAGCGUUGGGCAGGCGCCUUCGCUCCUGUGCUUACUAUGCUGCACGAGAACUGAUGCAAGGAGCCCACAUAAUUUUCUGCCCUUACAACUAUUUGCUGGACCCAAUGAUUCGAGAGAGCAUGGAGAUUGACCUCGUUGGCCAGAUUGUGGUUCUGGAUGAAGCCCAUAAUAUUGAGGACUGUGCAAGAGAGAGUGCCAGCUUCACAGUGGACCUCAAUAGUCUGCUCCAGUCCAAAGACGAUCUUGACAGUAUGAUUCACAACAAGAUCCGUGUCCCACGACACAUUCCCCUCAGAGACUUUUGCUGUGCUGUGAUCAACUGGAUCCAGGAGAGUCAGAGUCUGAUGUCUGAACGAGGAUUUGAAAAUUCCAGUAAAGUCUGGACUGGGAAGGACAUAGUGGAAAUUUUCCACACCAUGGGGAUCACUGUUGAUACAUUUAACUUACUAAAGGCAGACCUGGCAGCUGUAUUGGAAAAAGAAGAGCAUGGUGGUUACGUGAAUGGGAGGGAGGGUGUAGUGAGUGUCCCAACUGUCCACUCUGCAACAUCCAUGGUGCUCAAAGGCUUGUUCAUGGUGCUGGACUUCCUCUUCAGAGACAAUUGCAGGUUUUCUGAAGACUACAGAGUGGCGCUUCAGAAGAGUUAUGCGUGGACCAAUAAAGCACCACCUGAUGUUCCUGAUGCUCAGGGCUUCUUUGUCCGUCCACGUCAAAGGCAGCGCCAGAGCAUCAGGAUCAAAGCAGAAGUUCUAACACUAAGCUUCUGGUGCCUCAACCCUGCUGUGACCUUUUCAGAUUUUAAUGGUACAGUGCGAAGCAUUGUGCUGACAUCAGGGACUCUCUCACCAAUGGGUUCCUUUUCUUCUGAACUUGGAGUGAAAUUUACUAUCCAACUUGAAGCCAACCACGUCAUCAACAAGUCACAGGUUUGGGUGGGAACUGUCGGCACAGGCCCCCAAGGAAGAAAGCUCUGUGCCACCUUCCAACACACAGAAACAUUCACUUUCCAGGAUGAGGUUGGUGCUCUGCUGCUCCACAUCUGCCAAGUCAUGUCCAAAGGUGUGCUCUGCUUCCUGCCGUCGUACAAGAUGCUGGACAAACUGCGGGAUCGCUGGACGAACACUGGUCUCUGGGAAAAGCUCGAAGAUCAGAAAACUGUGAUCACUGAACCUCGCGGGGGUGGUAAGGGAGAUUUUGAUGAGCUGCUUCAGAUUUAUUAUGAUGCCAUAAAGCACUCUGAGAAAAGAGAUGGAGCUCUGCUGAUUGCUGUCUGCAGGGGGAAAGUCAGUGAAGGUCUAGACUUCACAGAUGACAAUGCCAGAGCUGUAGUCACUAUUGGCAUUCCCUUCCCCAACAUAAAGGAUCUUCAGGUGGAGCUGAAAAUGAAGUAUAAUGACCAACACUGCAAGACCAGAGGUCUUCUCCCCGGCAACCGUUGGUAUGAGAUCCAGGCCUACAGGGCUCUGAACCAGGCCCUGGGCAGGUGUAUACGUCACAGAAAAGACUGGGGGGCCUUAAUUCUAGUAGAUGACCGCUACAGAAAUAACCCCAACAGGUAUAUUACAGGUCUGUCCAAGUGGGUCCGCCAGCUCGUCCAGCAUCAUGACACGUUUAACAACGCCAUGUCAUCCCUGGCAGCGUUCUCUCAGGUGCAGCAUCAGCUUCACCCAGCAGAGAAACACACCUCAGUUGUCUGCUCCCCGUGCUCUGUAGCUCCUACUUCUCCACAGUCCCACAUUCCUUCAUCAGAAGAGCUGGACAAGUGUUCUGCAGUUAAGCAAACAGAAGUGGAACAGAUCGAAAAAACAGAUUGGAGCAAGCCCAGUGGGCCGGCAGAACCUCGGCUGUUUCACAUUUUCACCUCCAGCCCAGUCGCCUCCUUCAAAAGAAACAAAGAACCUGAGAAGCCUCUAUCUCUACCGGAGCUCCCUGAAAAUGGUGUUGAGCAGAAGCUGGAGCCAGAAAAUGUUGAAUUCACAGAGCAAGAACAAAGUGCAGCACGUGGCCUUCCCAGCGAUGCAAGCAAAAGUGAAGAACCUCCAGCAGACCGUUCUGACAAUGAAGAUGAGGAUGAAACAAUUUUCUACACCCCAGAAUUGUUUGAAGAUGACGAUUGCUGUCCACAGACAGAGGGCUGCUCAGAAAAUAAGUCAGAAAACCAAAUCCAGCAGCCAACUGUCAGACCUCUCUCAGAGGAACUGAGCACUUCCACAGAAGCAGUGGAAGAUGAAAUGACUCCUGAGGUCACUCUGAGCAGGAAGACGUGCAACCGUAACCGUAGGCUGUCCAGGUGCAGACAGAAAGCCCCCACAGAUGACUAGAAAGUAACGUCUUCAUUCAGAGAUGUGCUGCUAUAAGCUCGCAGAUAAGUGACACCGCACACCCACACAGAACUGAUGAAGCCAUCUCACUUAUAUCAUGUGACAGCACCUCUCAUUAAGGUCAUGAAAAAGCACACUAAUGCACUUAGCUGUGAUUAGACACGCAAACAAAAUAAUCAUUAAAAUAAAAAUCAUUUGUUUAUAUGGAGGUGUCCUGCGUUCACUCAAUUUGAUGAUGCGUUCAUUGAUCGUGGGAGAGAACUGCAUGCAUGCCUGGUUGAGCACAUUUUAAUUUUGUACAAUUGUUAUACAUGGUCAGUCUCUGCUUGUCGUGUCGAGUUGACACAUACAAAGACACAUUAAAGCUUGGAAAUGAACUCUAAUCACCCGUGUGCAUCCCCUUUUCCCUGCAAGAGAAAAUCCCACUCUUUUUUUUCUUUAUUCUUCGAAAACAGUUGCCCUCUCUUCAGU